AUGCAGGAAGAAAAUUCAUUUGGCGAAUUAGUCGAAAAAAAAGCGCACCUUGGGGCAACACCGGUUAAUCCUACAAUGUUCCAAUAUCUCGAAGGUUACCGCGGAAAAACCCCAGUGAUCAAUUUGACCGAAACUUUGUCUCUUUUACUCAAGACAUUGGCUUUUCUCAAAGUGUUACAGUCGCAAAAACAUCAAAUUUUGUUAGUGAACUCCGAACCAAAAUAUUCGACGCUGGUCCAAUUUUUAGCCAAUAAACUCCAGCAACCUUAUGUGAAUGAAGCUUGGAUCGGUGGUUUAUUAACCAAUUGGGACCAGAUGAAAACAUCAGUUGGGGCUUUCCAGAAGUUUAAUUCAUUUUUUGAAUCAUCUCUACAGCAGCAACAAACACCUUUUCCAAAAUAUUUGAAAACAAAAAAGAAACUAAAAGGUGUAAAAAAUAUGCAGCAGCGCCCCGCAGCAUUGUUUUUGUUCCAAACACUUAAUAACGAAAACAUUGUUCGCGAAGCCAAAAUUUUAAAUAUUCCAGUCAUUGCACUUGUAGAGACCUCUACUCAAGUAAAAAAUAUUGAAUACCCAAUCCCAUUAAAUAACCAAUCUAUGAAAAGUGUAUAUUUAUUUUGUCAAUUAUGGUGGUCUUCGGUUCAAAAAAAGUAA